AGACAGCGAAUCACAUGAGCAGGGAUCUGUUUACAAACUGAGAGCUGUAGAGGAGAAGUGGAGACGAGGGACGAGUCAGGCUGGAGAAUGUGAGCAGAGCAGAGAGAGAGGAGAGGACCUGGAUCUGAAUUCGCCUUAUUGUCCUCCUGUGUGUCCAUACCUCCUUGUUUUGUGCGUUCAGAGCAGGAAGGCACAGGAGUGGAUGAGGAUCUGCUUUCCACAGGAGCGGUGAGCGGCUGCCUGGCCGUGCUGCUCGGGGACAACCCAUCCAUGUCCUUCCUUUUGUCUCUCCAUAAUUGGCCACAGCAGGUUUUUCACAGCUAGAGAGGAGGAAGGCGGCGUGGAGAUCUGAGAGGAGAGGACAGGACAGGGGAGAGAGGAGGAAGGAAGAGGAAGAGGAGGAAAGAAGGGGUGGAGGGGAGGGAGAGCCUUGUGACAAUGUUUUGAAGGAGAGACAAAGCAACAAAGAAAAAGCAGAGCAGUGAAUGUGCUCAAACCGAGGUUCUUAACAGGAGAGCUGGAUGGGACUUGAAGUAUAUCUCCUCAUUUUGUCAGUGACAUCGGUGCCUUUUUAUCCACAUGACUGAACGCUGGUCUUUGUUAUGCAUCAUAAAGACACAAAGGACUACUUAGACUUCCAUUGUUUUUGGGAUUCAUGACUGCGGAGAUACGAGUGUCCAGAAAAGCCAUUAUUUGUUUGGAGAUCAUCCUCUUGGAAAUCCCUCAACUGUCAUUACCGCACAAUGCAGGGAAUCAGUGCACAACUACCUGAGCUGAAGAGGUAAUCGAGCCAGUCUUCCACUCCGAGCACCAGAGACAAUCCAGUGAAAGUUGUGGAAGCCGCGGGGUCGCGACCCCCCGAGACAUUCUGGGACUGCCAUCCUGUCAUUCCCUCAUUCAGAGGUGUGGAGCGUUACGAGUGACUGCGACUCCAGCUGCGACAUGUCGUCAGAGGCGCUCUUCCACCUGCCGCUCAACGUUUACAUCGUCAUCCUGGGCAUCGGCCUCGUCGUGCUCACCUUCAGCCUCAUCUUCUGCUGCUACCUGUUUCGGCUGAGGCGAGAGGGUGCGAGACAGCAGUACGGCUACAAUGAGGUUGUUAUAAAAGGAGCGGGGAAGAAACUGAGCCUUCUUGGUCAACCCUGUGCGGUGUGUUUAGAGGAGUUCCGCAGUCGGGACGAGCUUGGAGUGUGUCCGUGCUCCCACGCGUUUCACAAGAAGUGUUUGCUGAAGUGGCUGGAGAUCCGCAGCGUUUGCCCCAUGUGCAACAAGCCCAUAUGUCGCCUGCAGCCCGACGCCUCUCAGGCGGCCCUGCCGCCUCCCAGCAUCCUGGGCGUCUGAGUCUGACCCCGGUGCCGUUCCUCGGCCUGACACGCCGCCGCCAUGUCAGGAUUGCAAACAAUUUUCUUUUGGGAGCGAGAGCAGGGAUGAAGAGACGGCGGCGCUUCAACUCAGAGCAGCUCCCGGCCCGCGAGAGGACUGUGUCGGUGUCAGGAAGCCCGCUGAGCUCAUCAUGCGUGUAGCAGCAGAGAUGUAAACAGGGUGGGGAGGUGGGUGAUGGUACCGUAGCCUGGAGGGGUCAACGCAGGUUCACUUCCAUUGCAGCUCCUACCUUUGUGUUGUGGGUUUUGCUGUCUUGAUCCUUCUGGGCCACCGUAGGACGGUUGGAUCAAAUACAUGUUUUUGGGCAUUCCUCAACUGUAACAAUGUAAAAGUUCACUGCAGACGUGAUCGAAGAGGGGAAGGACUUUUUUCUUCAGUCUUCGCAGCUCAUUCUCAAAUCCUCAGUCGUUUUUAUUGGUUUUACCAGCAAAGUUCACAACUUUCAUCCCAAAAACUCUCCACUUUUUAAAAGAUUUUAAAAAUUAAUGUAAAAAUGUAUUGUUUAACCCACUAUAGCCUCUUUUUAAAAUAUUUGAAAAUGAGGAAUUUGAACAGCCUGGUGCUGAUGAGGGAUUUUUCGAGACCUAUACUUUCGACUUUUUUUUUUAUUAAGUCUUGAAAAAAUACAGCUAAAUGUUAUUGAUAUGUGGUAAAAAUGUGUUGGGAUUGUAAAACUGACUAAAAUGGCAUUGUAUUUCAUGAUUUAUGGUAAAAGAAAAUUCUCUGUAACUGUUGUGACUUUAUACUCGUUUUAAAACAGCCAGAAAACUGAAAAUGAAACAGAAAGUGAUCAUAUAUUUGCACCGAAAAGGCUUCAAACAACCUAAAUAACUAAAACAGAAUGAUUUUAUGAGGGUAAAGACUCUCAAAAUUCAGCUUUGUAUCUGGAGAACUGGUUUCAAUUUGAAGCUCAAUAUUUUCUAUUUUAUCCGUGAAUCUCUUGGAAAAACACUCAGAGCUUCACUCCAAACGAUUUUAGACACUUUGCCACAACAUUCCCGUCCUAAAUAUCUUGAUUAUCUUCAGAUUGAACUGUUUCCUGGUUCCAUUCAAAGCCUCCAGGAACAAAGCAGCUUGAUAGCAUGAUGAUGCCUCCACUGUGUUUUACAGCGGGGAGGCUGGACCUUUCAUUUCUGAGCUUCGGUUGGAGGCUUUUUAACCAAACUAACCCGCUACAUUCCAAAACUGCUCUUACAUAGGUUGUACCUGUGCAUCUGAGUCGUGACAUUUUGUGCAGUUGUGUCCAUCUUUGCUCGUGGAGUUCUACUUUGUGUAAUUAUUCAAAAGUUUAAAACUUGAGGAAGUAGCAGUGAUCCUGGCCAGCACAGAGUCAUGUGGACAUUAGUCCAGAUGUGAAACCUUCACCACUCAGAGGGAUCUUUAAUGGGUCUGUUUAGCCUCCUCUGGAUGUGAGUGUGUCUUAUUACUACUGAAACUCAAACUAACGAGACUAAAUCUGCCUCGGAAAUAUGUUCAUAUAAACGCCAGCCCGCUCAUUAUUCCCUUUAGCCCUAAAUGACAUCGGCUCCUUGUUUUGGUCAUUUUCCACCAAGUGAGAGCCUGCAGAAGAGAGCCAACCACCGAAUCACCACCGGUACAAGAACCCAAUGCAAACACAAAGACUGUGAUGAAGGACGUGCAAUCAACCCGACCGGAGAGGCCUAUUUCACUGAAGCAGACGCCGGCGCUGUGGACAGGAGGGAUGUGUGUGUUUUGGCAGCAUCCAUUGUGUCACAGUCCGUACGUUUAUCCUAUAGUGUGUUGCCAAGUUGUGUGGAGAUGCCUUAAAUGGUGAGACAGUAGUUUCAGCUCAGCAGCAAGAGAGCUGCCGUGUGUGUUUUCUUCCAUCGAAAGACAAUGUACAGAUUUAUUCAUGAUGUUCCACGGAGCUGAGAGUGUUGGAUGUCGUGGUGAAGAGUCGGACCGAACCGAACGGAGCUUUUGUUAAAGCGAUCUGAGCUCCCACUGCCCGGAGGACUCCUCAGCACCGACGCUGCGGGACUCGGAGAACCAGUCAGACCUCGUUUCUCUGUCUGGGUGAGACGCCAGUAAACGCCAUUUCCUGUGUAUGUCACAUCACUAUGAGCCCUGUGCAAACUGUAAAUCCUGUUGGAAUUUAUGACUUUAGAGAGAAAAAAAUAACCAGUGUUUUGAUAUGGAUCCAAGUCUGUUCAGUUUUUUUCUAGUUUCUCUAAAUGUGGAAGUUGUGUAUUUGUACAAUGACAAUAUAAUAUAUGGAAAAGUGA